UGAAAAGCCUUACAGUAAAUCUAAAUAUUUCUGCGAUCCGGAUGAAAAGAAACUGGAUACAAGCGUAAAACAAAAAGAUAAGCUAGCACAGGAAUUAGUGGCUGUAAGAUCAGAUUUAGCUGACAUUAGGAGAAGUUUGGCUGGUGCUCCAGAAACUGAAGCUCAGUCAAGCGCAGGAUGUUCUUCAUACUUAGAAUAUUCAUUGCCUAAACAUCUGCAGCCAGACAAAUUUUCUAAAGAAAAAAUGGAGUUUAAAACAAAGUUAGAUGAGAAAGCGAAAGAAGUUCAAGAGAAGCAAAAGAAUAUACUUGAAUUACAGGAUCAGGUCAGGGGGAAUCUCUGGCGUAUUUCUCAAGUAGAAUCUCAGGUAGAGGAGAAAACACGAAAAUUAGAAGCUUCGAAUAAGGAGAAGGACAUAUUUGAGAAAGAAUUGAUAAGUACAAGAUCAGAACUAGCUGGUAUUAAAAGGACGUUAGAAUUAGAGCGACAAGAGAGGAGAGAUUUAGAAACUCGAGCGCUUGGAUUAAUAAGAGAUGCUAAACGGAAAUGGGAAAAUGCAGAAAAAGACAAAAUUGCACAUUUAAAUAAGCAUAUUGAAGCACAAACUUCAAAAAUUACAGACUUAUGCACAAGUAAUAAUGAAAUGAGUUCACGUUUACAAAGGACAGAAGGUGAACUGCAAACUGCAAAUGCAGAAUUGGAUAAAUUGCGUGUAUUUCAAGCACAAUAUAAGGAAUCCUUGGCAAAAACGCGUGAAUUAAGUAGACAAAGUUUUCAAGGUGUAGAAAUUAAGUUAGAGGAGAUGGCUACACGCGCUCAUAAUCAAUUGAUACCCGAACCAGGUGAAGAAAUCGUUAUUUCUGGUAUUGCCGGUAGAUUUCCAGAAUCAAAAAAUGUGGAGGAGCUCAAAAACAAUUUGCUAAAUAAAGUAGAUAUGGUUACGGAUGACGAUCGUCGAUGGAAAUUAGAUCAUCCAGAUAUCCCUCAGCGUACAGGAAAGAUUAACGAUGUUGGCAAAUUCGAUGCACUGUUUUUUGGUGUUCACUUUAAACAGGCGCACACGAUGGAUCCGAUGUGCAGAAUCUUAUUAGAGCAUGCUUACGAAGCCAUCAUUGAUGCGGGAGUUAAUCCAAAGCAGUUACGUGGUUCACGAACUGGCGUUUUUGUGGGUGCAUGUUUUUCUGAAUCCGAGAAAACUUGGUUUUACGAAAAAUUACAGGUAAAUGGCUUUGGAAUUACCGGAUGCAGCAGAGCCAUGUUAGCGAAUAGAAUUUCCUACUGGCUAGGAGCGACUGGGCCAUCUUACACUUUAGAUUCCGCUUGUAGCUCGAGCUUAAUUGCGUUGGAACAUGCUUAUCGAUCUUUGCAAGACGGUCAAUGUGACGCUGCUCUUGUGGGUGGAUCAAAUCUGUGUCUUCAUCCCUAUGUAUCGCUACAAUUUUUUCGUCUUGGGGUUUUGUCGCCUGAUGGCCGCAGUAAAUCAUUUGAUUCCGACGCGAACGGCUAUGCUCGCAGCGAAACAAUCUCAGUUAUAUAUCUACAGAAAGCGAAGAAUGCGAAACGAAUUUACGCUACAGUAGUCUACGGUAAGACAAACUGUGAUGGUUACAAGGAACAGGGCAUCACGUUUCCGUCGAGCGCGAUGCAAGCCACAUUGCUGAAAGAAUGCUACAAGGAUUGCAAUCUAUCACCGAACGAUGUGUUCUAUAUGGAAUGUCAUGGUACUGGCACGAAAGUCGGCGAUCCUGAAGAACUUCACGCGAUUGAGAAAGUCUUCUUCGAGAAAGACAGACCUACUCCUUUACUGAUCGGUUCUGUUAAGUCAAAUAUGGGUCAUGCCGAGCCCGCUAGUGGCCUAUGUCAAGUUGCCAAGGUAAUAAUAGCAAUGGAAAGCGGAAUGAUUCCAUCUAAUUUGUAUUACAACCGACCACGAGAAGGCUUGAAAGCUCUUGAAGAUGGCAGGAUCAAAGUCGUCACCGAAUCAACAUCUUGGGAAGGUGGUUACGCGGGUAUUAAUUCUUUUGGUUUUGGAGGUGCCAAUUGUCAUAUCGUAUUGAAAUCUCAUCCGAAAAAGAAAAUUAACAAUGGCGCACCAUCUGAUGAUUUACCGAGACUCGUAACAGUAUCUGGACGUACAGAGGACUCCGUUAAAGUAUUCUUAGACGAUAUCGAAAGACAUCCGGUAGAUACUGAGUAUAUCCGUCUGCUGCAUGACAUUCAUUUUGAUGAUAUCCAAGGUCAUCUGUAUAGAGGAUACACGGUAAUUGGCUCUAAGGCGGACCAUUCCAUAAGGGAAGUAGAAAAUUACUUAGGAACUGCGAGACCAAUUUGGUUCGUGUUUUCCGGUAUGGGAUCACAGUGGCCUGGUAUGGGUAUCGAUUUGAUGAGAUUCCCUGUUUUUGCCAAAGCUAUUCAGAAAUGUGAUGCCGCCUUACGACCUCAUGGUGUAGAUAUUAUAAAUAUACUAACAAAUAAAGAUAAAACUAUUUUCGAUAAUAUUUUACAUUCAUUUGUGGGUAUCGCGGCAGUACAGAUUGGUCUAGUCGAUCUUCUCACAUCAAUGGGCAUUGUGCCGGAUAAUAUUAUUGGUCAUUCUGUCGGAGAACUUGGUUGUGCUUACGCAGACGGAUGUUUCACCGCCGAACAAAUGAUCUUGUCAUCAUACUCGAGGGGUUUAGCGUCUAUAGAAACUGAAGUAAUUUAUGGUUCGAUGGCGGCUGUAGGUCUUGGCUACGAGGACAUCAAAGAUAUAUGUCCACCUGACAUCGAAGUGGCUUGUCAUAAUGCUUCAGAUAGUAGUACUAUUAGUGGACCUGCUGAAUCUAUGAAAAAUUUUGUCGCCGAAUUACAGGCUAAGCAAAUCUUCGCGAAAGAAGUGCCGUGCAGCAACAUACCCUAUCACAGUCGUUAUAUUCAACCCGCCGGACCAAAACUUCUGGCUUAUAUGAACGAGAUAAUUCCUGAAGCGAAGCCACGCAGCAAAAAAUGGGUGAGCACCUCUAUACCACGCAACAAAUGGUCCACCACAGCUGCCAAGUUGUCAUCUGCCGAAUACCAUACAAACAAUCUUCUGAAUCCUGUAUUGUUCGAAGAAACAUCGCGUUUGAUCCCGAAGGAUGCGAUAACCAUUGAGAUCGCGCCCCACAGUCUUUUACAAGCCAUCCUGAGACGAUCCCUUGGUUCGGGGGUCACAAAUAUCGGGCUUACCCAACGCGGUCACAGAGACAAUGUCGACGUUUUUCUGCAAGGAAUCGGCAGGCUCUAUAACGCAGGACUGCAACCGGAUAUUGCGAAACUUUAUCCGCCUGUUGAGUAUCCAGUUAGUCGUGGUACUCCAAUGAUCGCACCUUCUAUCAGAUGGGAACACACUGACGACUGGUACGUAACAGCAUACAAAGUGCAAAAGAAGGUCACUUCCGGGGAGAGAACUGUUAUUGUGUGUACAUCAGAAGAGGACUAUGAAUAUAUGAUCGGUCAUGUUAUUGAUGGGAAGAAUUUGAUACCUCCCAUAGGAUACCUCGCUAUGGUUUGGGAAACUAUGGGUAUAUUACAUGGGGAAAUGUAUACAGAGAUAUCAGUCGUUUUCGAAGAUGUCAGCUUUGUGCGUGCUACCCAUAUUCCAAAAGAAGGCAGUAUUCAGUUAACAGUAAUGGUUCAAAAAGGUACUGGAAGAUUCGAAGUAUCGGAAGGUAACACUCCAGUUGUGACUGGAUUGAUUCGAGCCGUGAAGAAUCCAGCGCAAGAAAAGGUACCUGCUACUCUUUUACCAGAAGAAGAUGAUGAGGAAGAAAUAAUGAAUACUAAGGAUAUUUACAAAGAGCUAAGAUUACGAGGUUAUCAAUAUUCAGGCAUAUUCCGUUCCUUAAGAAGCGCAUCUCUGUCAGGGAAUAAGGGGCACAUUGCUUGGAUGGAUAAUUGGGUAACAUUCAUCGACAACAUGCUACAAAUAAUGAUUCUUGGAAUGGAUACGAGAGGUUUAUAUGUGCCUACGAAAAUACGCAAGAUCGUGAUUGAUAUUAAGUUUCACCAGCAAGAAGUUCAAAAUUUGGAUCCAGAAAACAGACAAUUUCCCGUACGCGUGUACAAAGAUUGGGAAACUAUAAUGUCAGGGGGAGUUGAAAUCCGUGGUGUUAAGGCUACGGCCAUACCUCGCCAGUUAAAAAACGACCCAGUUCUCGAAGAAUAUAAAUUCGUAGCUCAUCGCGAUAGAGCACAAAUAUCCUUGAAGGAGAUGAUUAGAUUGUCCACGCAGAUUGCACUCGAAUAUCAUCAAACUAUUCAUAUAAAAACCAUCGAGUUGAUCGACGAUUCCGAUAAGGUGACGAUGGAUGAAUUAGCAUCACCCAUGCUCACCGAGAUUUUAGGUGAAAUGCCUUUGGUUCAAGCGAAGGUGCAUCUGUCAGCCCCAUCUAAUCGUUUUGAUUAUUUGUUAUUCCCGAAUGUUAUCACUUCGGAUAUUAAUAAAAUAUCUAAAGAAGAUAAUCUUAUGCUUGCUAUUGGUAUCGGGCUGUUAUCGAGAAAUAAGAGCCUCCAAUUAGAAGAAAUUCUGUUGAAACUGAAAAACGGCGGUUUUGUAUUGACACGAGAAAAAUUCAAGCUCGAGAAUCUUUCAACACUUUCAAAGCACGGUUUAGAUGUGAUUCUAGAAAAGAAUAUUGGCGAAGAGACUGUCGUACUUUUAAAAAAGAAAGAGCAGUUGGUCAGCAAAACCGAAGUCAUCCAUGUUAACAACAAUCAAUUCACCUGGCUCAAGAAGUUGAAUUCAUUUAUGAAUAUUGAAAGCGAAACCAAUGAGAUGAGGAUAAUACUCGUCAGUGAGGCAGAAUUAGAAAGUGGCUUGCUAGGCUUCGUGAACUGUUUGAGAAAGGAACCAGGUGGAGAAAUGAUUAGAAGUGUAUUGAUACAAGAUACCGAAGCUCCUAAGUUUUCUCUACAAAACCGGUUUUAUUCGGAACAGCUUCAGUUAGAUCUGCCAAUCAAUGUAUUGAAACCGAAAAAAGUAUGGGGUUCUUACAGACAUCAACCGUUGUCAAGUCCACAGCCAAAGUUUGUUCGUCAUGCGUAUGCUUAUCAAAUGGCACUUAGUGACUUAAGCUCACUUCGUUGGAUCGAGGGCAGUAUACGUCCUGAUGCCAAUAAAAAAAAUCUAGUCCAUGUGGCGUACUCGGCUCUCAACUUUAAAGAUGUUAUGUUAGCCACAGGAAAACUCGUUUUGGAUACUAACAUAAUGCGUGAUCGAUUCGACGAGUACUCGAUCGGUUUAGAGUAUGCUGGUAUCGAUACCGCUGGUCGUCGCGUGAUGGGUCUUUGCAGUGGGAGAGGUAUAACAAACAUCAUUGAACCGGACGAAAACUUGUGCUGGUAUGUGCCUGACAAUUGGUCGUUGGAGGACGCGGCUACUGUGCCAUGCGUGUAUGCAACAUGCUAUUUGGCGCUCUAUCAUCGUGCCGAGAUGAAGAAAGGUGACAAGGUGCUCAUUCAUUCCGGUAGUGGUGGUAUCGGUCAGGCGGCGAUACAUCUAGCUCUUCACGAAGGCUGUGAGGUGUUCACUACUGUUGGAACACCUGAAAAACGCAAAUUUAUUCGCGAGAUGUUUCCAUCAAUUCCGGAUGACCAUAUUUACAACUCGCGCAACACAACCUUCGAGCAGAUAAUACUUCAAAAAACUAAUGGCGAUGGAGUGGACAUUGUUUUAAAUUCAUUAGCCGAGGAGAAGCUCCAAGCAUCGGUUCGUUGUCUGGCAGUAGGUGGUCGUUUCCUCGAAAUCGGCAAGUUUGAUCUCGCUACAAAUAAUCCCUUGGGAAUGAUGAUCUUCUUAAAAGAAGUCAGUUUCCAUGGGGUUUUGAUUGAUAAUUUGCUUUUCUCUGAACCGAAGGAUAAAAAGACAGAAGAAGAAAAGAAGGAGCUACGUAACUUGUUAAAUGAGGGCCUUAAAAAUGGAGCGAUUAAACCACUUGUUCGAAAAGUUUUUGAAAAGGACGAAUUGGAAACGGCCUUCAGACAUAUGACGACCGGAAAACAUAUAGGGAAGAUACUUUUGAAAAUUUCCGACGAGAAGAAGGUUAUUGAAAAGAAACCUAUUCUUGCUGAUGCACGAUAUUACUGCGACAGUAAUAAAACUUAUCUUAUUCUGGGUGGAUUGGGUGGUUUCGGAUUGGAAUUAGCCGACUGGUUGAUACUCCGAGGCGCCAAAAACUUAGUGUUAACAUCAAGAACGGGAAUAAAGAACGGUUAUCAACGUCUAAAAGUUGAGUUGUGGAAAUCUUAUGGCGUGAACGUGCUUAUCAUCACAGGAGUAGACGCUUCUAAUCGUAAGGAUUGUGAAUUUAUACUAAAUUCUGCAGAGAAACAGGGUCCGGUCGACGCGAUUUUCAAUCUUGCCGUGGUGCUGAAGGAUUACAUCUGCAAGAACCAAACGCCGGAAUCAUUUGAAGAAACUUUCAGAGCGAAAGCUCGGGCCACGAAGAUGCUGGAUGAGUUAUCUAGAAAAUUGUGCCCGCAACUUCAGCAGUUCGUAGUUUUCUCUUCGGCUUCUUGCGGGAGGGGAAAUGCUGGACAAACAAAUUACGGUAUGGCCAACUCUAUAAUGGAGAGAAUUUGUGAGCAUAGAGCAGCGAACGGUCUGCCGGGACUGGCUAUUCAAUGGGGCGCGAUAGGAGAAGUUGGUCUUCUCGCUGAUUGGCAGGAUAAUAACAAGGAUCUCGUCACUGGCGGUACUUUGCAACAAACGGUAUCUUCCUGUCUUGAAAAACUGGAGAACUUCUUGUUGCAGAACCAUCCAGUAGUAUCUUGCAUGGUAGUGGCAGAGAAACGUGGAAGUGCUUAUGAAGCUAUCGACAUUGUAGAGGUCGUGGCAAAUAUAAUGAAUAUAAAUGAUUCGAAGACUGUGGCUCAGUACAUAUCAUUAACCGAACUUGGCAUGAACUCAUUGAUGGCCGUAGAGAUUAAACGAAUACUAGAAUGUGAGUAUGAUAUCUUUCUCACCGCGCAAGACAUGCGCAAUCUAAACUUCGCCAAAUUGGUGGAGAUGCGUGAUAAGGAUUUGGAACGACAGAAAGCACAGAAUCAAGAGACCGACGAGCAAACAGUCGAGCUAACUGGUAUACAACUGUUGCUUCAAAUUUUGUACGACGAAAAUUUGCCUACUAAGGCCUGUUUGGAAUUACAAACUAAAAUGGAUCCGCGUAAAAUAAAAGUAUUUCUCUUGCCGAGUAUACAGGGUUGCGGACAGAUAUUUAAUCCACUAGCGUCAAAAAUCAGACCUUCCGCAGCGGCUUUGCAAUAUGGAAUAACGAAUACCAUGUCUAUACCAGAAUACGCCGAUCAUCUUUUACCAUAUGUCUUGCCAAAAGCGGAAGAGCAAAGAGGUUUCGCCAUAGUCGGCUAUUCGUAUGGUUCGUUAAUUGCCCUCGAAUUAGUGAAACGAUUAGAAAAACAUGGUUUAAGCGGUCGACUAGUGUUGAUUGACGGUGCUCCUGAAUUAUUAAAAACGAUGUUAGAGCAAUUCCUUCCAGCUACUACAGAAGAAGAACUUCAAAAUAAUGUCCUGCUUUCUAUCAUGGAUAGUAUACAAUCAGUUUCAAACGGAAAGUUACUUUUAGAUCUUGAGAAAUGUACAACCUGGGAAGAAAAAUUAAAUGUUUUCUUUUCACACAUUUCCGACAAAAUGUCGAUUACCGAAACUAGGAAAGCAUUGUAUACAACUAUUUAUAUGAACAUCCUCGCUCUCCGAAAAUACGACUGGUCAUCUUUGGAAUGGAUACGAUCGCCUGUAACACUUCUGAAACCCACGAAACCAUUUGUCAAUAUGACCGAAGAAGAUUAUGGCUUACACAAGAUCACGCGAGACAAGGUGAAUGUACAUUACGUUGAAGGCAACCAUGCAACGAUAUUAGAUAGUGACAAGAUCAUAGCUGCAAUCAAUGGAGAACCGUUGCAAGAUCCUAAAGAAUUUAGAAAACUUUUAACGGAAGAUAGACCGUUCGAAUCCGAAGAGACAGAACGUACAAGAGUCUGAAUUACAGCUUAAAAGGCUGUAAUGUGUUUAAUUUAAAAGAAAAAAAAAUAUGUAUGUACUUUUUACCAAGUUUAAGUU